AUGGCAGGCCUGGCAGCACAAGUGGCCAAGCAGCGGGCAGUGGCGGAAGGCCUGGGCUCCAACCAACAUGCUGUGAAGUACUUGGGCCAGGACUUUGAGACCCUACGGCAAGAGUGCUUGGACUCGGGGGUUCUGUUUAAAGACCCAGAGUUCCCCGCCUGCCCGUCAGCCUUAGGCUACAAGGAUUUGGGCCCACACUCCCCCCAGACUCAAGGCAUUGUCUGGAAGCGACCCACGGAAUUAUGCUCCAGCCCCGAGUUUAUUGUUGGUGGAGCCACACGCACAGACAUUUGCCAGGGCGGUCUUGGUGACUGCUGGCUGCUGGCAGCCAUUGCCUCCCUCACCUUGAACGAAGCUCUACUUCACCGUGUGGUGCCCAGGGACCAGAACUUCCAGAAGGACUACGCGGGCAUCUUUCAUUUCCAGUUCUGGCAGUAUGGAGAGUGGGUGGAAGUGGUCAUCGAUGACCGGCUGCCCACCAAGAACGGGAAGCUGCUCUUCCUCCACUCCGAAGCCAGCAACGAGUUCUGGAGCGCCCUGCUGGAGAAAGCCUACGCCAAGCUCAAUGGCUCCUAUGAGGCUCUCUCUGGAGGAUCCACUGUGGAAGGGUUUGAGGAUUUCACCGGCGGCAUCUCAGAGUUCUUUGACCUGAAGAAGCCACCAGCCAAUCUGUACCCCAUCAUCCGGAAAGCCCUCCGCACAGGGUCUCUGGUGGCCUGCUCCAUUGAUGUGUCCAGUGCUGCUGAAACCGAAGCCAUCACCAGCCAGAAACUGGUGAAGAGCCAUGCUUAUUCUGUCACUGGCAUUGAAGAGGUGGAUUUCCGUGGCCGCUCAGAGAAGUUGAUCAGACUCAGGAAUCCGUGGGGUGAAGUGGAAUGGACGGGAGCCUGGAGUGACAAUGCCCCAGAGUGGAAUUCCAUAGAUCCCCGGCGAAGGGAAGAGCUAGACAAGAAUGCAGAGGACGGAGAGUUUUGGAUGGCUUUCUCAGAUUUCUUGAGGCAGUUCUCUCGCCUGGAGAUCUGUAACCUGUCCCCUGACUCGCUGAGCAGUGAGGAGGUGCACAAGUGGAACCUGGUGCUGUUUAACGGCCGCUGGACACGGGGCUCCACCGCAGGGGGCUGCCAGAACCACCCAGCCACUUACUGGACCAACCCCCAGUUCAAAAUCUCCUUGGACGAGGUGGACGACAGCCAGGAGGAGAGUGCCAGCGAGCCCCUCUGCACCUUGCUGCUGGGUCUGAUGCAGAAGAACCGCAGGCGGCAGAAGAGGCUAGGAGAGGGGAUGCUCAGCAUCGGCUACGCUAUCUACAAGGUACCUCAAGCCCUGGAGAACCACACGGACGUGCACCUGGGCCGCGACUUCUUCCAGCGCCACCGGCCUUCUGCUCGCUCCAGCACCUACGUCAACCUACGGGAGGUGUCAGACCGCGUCCAGCUGCCCCCGGGGGAGUACCUGGUGGUGCCGUCCACUUUCGAACCCUUUAAGGAUGGGGACUUCUGCCUGCGGGUGUUCUCGGAGAAGAAGGCGGAGGCUCUGGAAAUCGGGGACGUGAUAUCAGGAAACCCACACGAGCCACAUCCCAGUGAGCUGGACCAGGAGGAUGACCAGUUCAGGAGCAUAUUUGAGAAGCUUGCUGGGGAGGAUUCCGAGAUUUGUGCCAAUGAGCUUCAGACCAUUUUGAAUGGGGUGUUUUCCAGACGAGAGGACAUAGAAUUCGACGGAUUUGACAUUGACACUUGCAGAGAGAUGGUCCGCCUGAUGGACAACGAUGGCACAGCUACCCUGGGACUUCUGGAAUCCAAGAUUCUGUGGCUGAAGAUGCGCAAGUAUUUGGAGAUUUAUCUGGAAGCCGAUGAUGACCAUUCAGGCACCAUGGAUGCUCAUGAGAUGAGGACAGCACUCUUGAAGGCCGGCUUUACCCUCAAUGACCAGGUGCAGCAGACAAUCGCCAUGCGCUUUGCAAACAGCAAACUCCGCAUCAGCUUCGACAGCUUUGUGGCCUGCAUGAUUCGCCUGGAGACGCUCUUCAAAUUGUUCAGCGUUCUGGACAAGGACAAGAGUGGCGUGGUCCAGCUCUCUCUGGCUGAGUGGCUGUGCUGUGCAUUGGCCUGA